UUCCCCGGUCCCUGCCGUCAUGGCGGAGGUCAGUCGUCGGGUGGGAGCCAGAGCCGUCAGGAUUUCGCUACUGUCCUCGUACAAAAGUAACCACGCCAUCGCUGAACAUGACGGGCAUACAACUCCGGUCUCUACUGCACCCGAUGGAGCUGCAUGCGAUCACCAAACGCAGCUGUCAGCACACGAGCAGUGCGAGCAGCAAGCUAAGGAAAGCCACAGAUGUGUGUGGGCACACGUGUGUGACGCAAGGCUGACUGACGUCUGUAGCAGCAGAAAGGACAAACUGACAGCCGAGACUCUGCCGUUCAAAGGCAGUGGGGGCAGCUUGGAGUCUUUUUGGGACAGAAAUCAAAACUCUGGUGCUGAACAUCCAUCUCCAUCUCAGCAGCACACACGUAGCAGAGAGCUCAUCCCCAGCGAAGCCCUGCACUGCCACAGGCACCCCAGAGUCUCCAGUGACCCCCAUGCAGUCAUCAUUGACCACCACAGAUCCUUCAGUCUGCCGCAGACAGCAAACAGAAGGAGCAAGAUGAACCAUGUGGGUGUGCUUUUACUGCACUCUCAGCACACCCACAUGGGCUGUCGUAGGGAGAUGCACACAGGGUCAGGGACGACAGUGGGCCCCUGGCCCCUGAGUUACAAAAGUGUGUGGCCCCCCGUCGUGAGUGUGAGGUGGUUUGGCUCCUUGAGUAGGGAUGAGAAGACGAGAGGCCACGCACAGACACACACACACGCACUCCUCAGCAGCAGCACAGGAGUCCCCAUCGCUGUCGGCGGUGUGUGCGUAUUGCACGUGCGGUGGACGGGCAGCAGGCGCUGGGACGACAAGACGAACGCCAACGCUACCGACGACCGGCCUCUGAUCCUGCGCAGCCGCACGGCCUACUACGACGUGCUGCGCGUGUCCCCCAACGCCACGGCUGCGCAGAUCAAGAGCGCCUACUACAGACAGGCCAUGGCGCUGCACCCGGACCGCCACGGCGGCAGCGCAGAGAGCCGGCGGCGCUUCGCAGAGGUGAGCGAGGCCUACACGGUGCUCAAGGACAAGCACCUGCGCAAGAAGUACGACGGCGGUCACCUCACGCCGACGGACCUGCAGCGGGGCCCCGGGCAAACACACACAACGCAGACACGUACGACUUCGCACGCCGGCUCCCAUCAACGCGCGCACGCCUACACGCACAUGCACAUGCACAGUCACGGCAGGAGGGUCCAGUUUGACUUUGAGGCCUUCUACCGCGGCCACUACGGCGGGGAGGAGGAGGCGCGCAAGGAGAUGGAGAGGAGGAGGAGGGAGGAGGCGCUGAGGAAGGCGGCCUACGAGGAGUUCCGUCGCUUCAGGAAGAGGAAGGCCGUGGAGAUCUCCAUGCUGGUCCUGAUGGUCACCGCAGGAUGCAUACUGCUCAGCAUUGCAGAGUGACCUGUGUGUGUAUGUGUGUGUGAGAGAGAGACUGUUGUGUAUGCAUGUUCUAUUAGAUACUGGAGGACUACUCGUACCGUGUUUGUGACUGUGUGCGUGCGUGCGUGUGUGUGUGUGUGUGUGUGUGCGUGCGUGCGUGCGUGCGUGCGUGUGUGUGUGUGUGUGUGUGUGUGUGUGUGUGUGUGUGCGUGCGCACGCAUCCUGAUACUUAAUGCUGGAUUCUAACUCCAACGGAGUGAUCCCUGCCCUUUGACACUUGACCUCAGCUUUCCCUCUUGACCUCUAGGCUGAUAUCUAAAUGACAUCUUCAUCUUCAGAGGCACCUUCAUCUUGCCUGUGACGCACAGACAUGCAUAAAUAGAUAUAAAUUAUAUUUUACAGUACAUAGAGAGAGUUAUUACAGUAAAAGAUGGGGACUCUGUUCAUCUCAAUGAUGACUUAACAAUGUUGAGUUUAAAUUUCACUGGUGAUGAAUGUGCAAUAUUGAGGGUGUCAAUCUCAGUUUUGACACCAGCUGCCUCUAUUGCUUUUGGUCUAGCUAUCUACAGUACCUGUCUUUACUUGAUUGUAAGUUAUUAUCAUUAUGACUGUAUUAUAUAUAACUAUUAUUUCUAUUACGUCACUAUUACAUCAGAUCACAUUACACUUAUCUUACAAUUAUAUCCAAAGCGACUUACAGUUACUACAGGGUUACGAUCCCUGGAGCAAUGUGGGGUUAGCCACCAUGCUCAUGGGCACUUCCGCCAUGGAUGGAAGUGUAGGGAGGACUGGUAAGGGUGGGAUUCAAACUUGCAACCCUAUGAUCUGACUUACACCUCCCUAACCACUAGGCCACAGUUGCCCCAUACAAUGAAUACAUCAACCCUGUCAUUUCUUGAGUUCAUCUGCAUACAUGUUUUCUGCCCUUCUAUGGGGGAUGUUCAUUGUCUGGUCUCCCAUGUUCCUCUGUGAAGCUCUCAGCUGCUUCAUGACUGUACACAGUUCAGUUGACUGGCAUUAUAUUCCACACACCAUCUCUAAUGCAGCCACCAGGUGGCAUUAAUAAUAAAGUAAAUAAAUUCAUGCAUACACGAAUCAA